AUGGAGCUGUCCACUUUGCUCAUCCUCGCUGCGGUUUUCAUCGCUUUCCGCAUCUACCAGGCCCGAAGCGCCGCCUCGACACCCAUCAUGUCUCACGGAAAGGUCUCCAACAUUGACAACGAGGUCAUCUUCAAGGCCCUUGUCUCGUCCGGCCCUGUGCUCGUGGAUUUCUACGCCACCUGGUGUGGACCGUGCAAGGCAGUGGCUCCCAAGAUUGGCGAGUUCAGCGAAAAGUACGAGAAGAUUCGCUUCCUGCAGGUGGAUGUUGACAAGAUGCGUGGGACGGCGCAGCAAUUCAAUGUCACUGCGAUGCCUACUUUUGUGAUGAUGAAGGACGGACAGGAAGUGCAGCGUGUCCGGGGCGCAGACCUCAAGUCAAUUGAGGAGUGGUUGCAGAAGCAGUAG